AACCGAAUAACUCGCCUGAAUACAUCCCGCGUUCUCCCCAAAACGUUUUCCCUCUCGACACGACCGUCGAAGUAAGAGGGCAAGCCGGAGGCGAGCAGCGACCGACGGCGCGCGGUGGUCGACGGCGGCAGGCGGCGCGCGCGCGGCGGUCGACGCCGCUGGAUAUUUGAAGCAUUGGACUGAUUGAUGUAUGGUUGAUGCCUGCCUCCAAACUUGAUGUAUGGUUGUUGUUAUGCAAAGGAGAACCCAUGCACUGUCCAUUGUUGCAUCCCUAGUUACACAAAUUGUUCAUCAAAUGUACACAUCCGAUAGAGUGCAGUGUGUGGCUUCCAAGCUUCAGCUCUUGUCCUUUGCCAUUACAGUUGCUGUCACUUUGCUCUUCCACCCUUGUGCAUCCGUUGAGUUCCAGCAUGAGCUCUCCAGCUGGUCCGGCGGCAUCGCUACAUGGUACGGUGACGCUAAUGGUGCUGGAAGUGAAGGUGGUGCAUGUGGAUACCAGUAUGCUGUUGACCAGCCGCCAUUCUCAUCCAUGAUUGCCGCUGGCAGCCCUUUCAUAUAUGAUUCUGGUGAUGGCUGUGGGUCGUGCUACCGGGUUAUGUGUGCUGGCAAUGAAGCUUGCUCUGGUAUUCCAGUGACCGUCGUCAUCACGGACCAGGGCCCUGGCGGCGGGCCAUGCCUGAGCGAGCUAGUCGAUGGCCAGUGCCAGAAUGAGGCAGCCCAUUUCGACAUGAGCGGAACAGCAUUUGGUGCCAUGGCGAAGCCUGGCCAGGCUGACCAACUCCGCGGAGCUGGCCUCCUGCAAAUCCAGUAUACCCGUGUGCAGUGUGACUGGACUGGAGUAGGCUUGACCUUCAAAGUGGACACCGGAUCAAACCCAAACUACCUCGCUGUGCUCGUCGAGUACGAGGACAGCGACAGCGACCUUGCGGCUGUCGAUCUCAUGCCGAGCAGCACUGGGGCGACAUCAGCGUGGAUCCCAAUGCAGCAGUCCUGGGGAGCAGUGUGGAAACUCAACUCCGGAUCCACCCUCCAGGGGCCGUUCUCCAUACGCCUGACCUUCAGGUCUGGCAAGAUGCUCGUCGCCGGCAAUGCCAUACCUGCCGGGUGGAACCCUGGCGUUGCGUACCAACCAGGCGGCAUUGCGGUGAGGGAUGACCACCGGGCGAGCGGUGGCUGUCGGGGCUAUGGGCUGUACCACUUCCUCCUGUUGUUUGUGAUAUUACUUCAGCUGUGAUGUGAUGUGACUCUAGUCUGGUGGUUCUCUGUGUCACUUGUCUACGAUUAACAGGGUGGAUGGAUGUAUUAACUGUGUUUUUCUUGUAGCUUUGAGGAUGGAUUGCCCCUUCAUGUGAUUUCUUUGAGCAGCAUGCAACUAUUCUGACAUUCUGCUAGUGUAGUUUUGUUUGGACAAUCUCAGUGUAAAUGGUUGAUUAAACUGACUGGGUAGCCGGUAGGUGAAGCGAUUAUCUCUGUUUCUCAA